UCAGUUCCGGUUGCCUGUUUGCUACGAUUCGUCCACACGGAGACGGGUUUAGGAGUAUACGCCAAAGUUUUGUGUCGAAUGGCUGUUUUGUUCACAUGGAAUCGGCGUUUCAAGACUACAGAACAUGUUUUUCUUUUAAAUCAGCCACCAGAGCGCAUAAAUCCGCAAACGUGCCCCGGCAUUUAACCCCACUAUCACAACAAAAACAACAACAAGUAUGGCGGACUCCAGUGUCGCGGUCGUGCUGCAGUGUCUACUAAGCUUGAUAUCACUUUUACAGCAAAAUCUUCUUCUCCUCGCCCACCACCGUCAGCAACAAGUGGACAUGGAGACCACUUUACGUCACAUGCUCUUAGACCCACCGCGGAGGAAAACCAGGAGAGCGACAAGGAGAACGUUUUGGGUGAGACCGGGCAGAAUGACCAGCUGGUGGGACAACUUCAUCAAUGGCGUCGCCGUGGAGAAUGAAUGGAGGAAGAACUUCCGGAUGUCCAAAGCUUCGGUCGUUGCCCUUAGCAACGAGCUGAGGCCAUACAUCCAAGGCCAAACUACGAACAUGAGGGCGCCAAUUGACCUGCUGAAGAAGGUUGCUCUGACGCUCUAUUACCUGAGCGACAAGGGAAGACUGAGGAGGACUGCGAACGCCUUCGGUGUGUCCCGCCAGGCUGUGUCCAUCGUUGUCCGGCAGACGUGCAGAGCCAUCACUACUCACCUGGGUCCAAAAUACAUGAAGCUGCCUUUUACGGAGCCGGAGGCCGAGGAUCUGGUUGCGGGUUUCCAUCGCGCUCACGGCCUGCCACAGUGUUUCGGAGCAGUGGACUGCACCCACAUCGAGAUCAAGCAGCCGUCCAAGAACUCCAUCUACUACCUAAACAAGAAGCGCGUGUUCUCCCUGAAUGUUCAGGCCGUGUGCGACUACAAGCACAGAUUCAUGGACGUUGUGAUAAAGUGGCCUGGGAGCGUGCACGACGCGCAGGUCUUUGCCAACUCGAGACUUAACUCGAACCUGAAGGCCGGCAAGAUCCCUCCUCUGGAGAAGCAGAUAACGGAUGGCGAGGACGCCAUAGCGAUGUUUCUCCUCGGGGACCCUGCCUACCCGCUGCUGCCGUACCUGAUGAAGGAAUAUCCAGACUGUGGCUCCACGCCUGAGGAGGAAUACUUCGGACUAUGUCUGUGGAAGGCGCACGAGGUCAUCGAGUGUGUGUUUGGGCGCCUCAAGGCCAGAUUUGCCGCGGUUAAGAGGCAGAUGGACAUCAACUUAGAUGAGCUGCCCUACGUCAUUUACUCCUGCUUCGUGCUCCAUAACAUCUGUGAGGCCAACGAGGAGGCUGUGGAUGAGCUCUCUGUGGCCGAGAUGAUACAAGACGAGAAGGACUCGCAGCCUCCAACACAGUGCAACAGAGACGCCGCUGACUCUGAUGAGGACGAGGGGAACAGAGAUUUGGAGGAUGUGAUCCAGAGAACCAGAGAGUCCGGCGUAAAGACGCUGGUUGCGGUCACGGAGGAGGUUGGAGAGUUUGGCCGAGUCCUCCAGCUGCAGGAAAGUUAUCCGGAUCUGGUGGCUCCGUGUUUCGGCGUCCAUCCCCUACAGGCCGGCGGGGGGGCCGGCGGGGGGGCCGAGCUACACAGCGUGAAGCCUCAGGACCUGGACGCUGCUCUGCCUCAGUUCUACACCCACAGAGAACGGCUCGUCGCUAUAGGAGAGAUCGGUUUGGACUUCACGCCGUGGUUCGCCCCCACUCAGCAGGACAGGGACGACCAGAUGAGCGUCUUCGUUAGGCAGCUGGGCGUCGCCAAGGAGCUGGACCUGCCCGUGAACGUGCACUCACGAUCAGCUGCUAAGGUUACCAUAGAGACCAUGAGGGAACAAGGUAUCAGUGGAGCUCUCCUUCAUAACUUUGCAGGGAAGCCGUCUGUGGCUCUGGAAGGCGUCCAGGCCGGGUACCUCUUCUCCUUCCCCCCGGCCGUCAGCAGGAGCCAACAGAGAGAGAAGCUAAUCAAGCAGAUUCCCCUGGAACACAUCUGUCUUGAAACCGACUCUCCAGCUCUGGGUCCUGAGAAACAUACCAGGAACGAACCCGCUAACAUCGUCCUGUCCUGCCGCUACAUUGCAGGCGUCAAAGGUGUGUCACCACAAACCGUUGAGCUCGUCACCGCACAAAACGCUUACAGGCUCUUCCCCAAGGCUAACGCUAGCACUAGCGCACUGAAGGUUUGACCAGAGGGUAGCGCUGAAGGAAACUUAGUUAGAAUUUGUUCAUUUUAUUAGCAUGUUCUCAGCAUGUUAAAUACUCUUAGCACAUUGCCAGUGUUAGCAUAUUAGCACACAGUUUUGUGCUUGUAUUCUUGUCUAACUGUCGCACAACAACGCUGUGUCUGGAAAUAAAGUAAAAUACUGAAAGCCGUA